AUGGGACAAAGAAAAGACAGACUUGCUGCUGCUCUGCUGGCGGAGCUGGCGGAGCGUCAGCUGAUCUCCGAGCGUGACGCAGCCCUGCAGAUUGAAUGUGACGGUGGACAAAUCAAUCCGCUCUGCCGAAUCGAGACUGGUAACAAUGACGGCCGUUUCAUUGCUCGAAAGCUGGAACCACCCAUCUACGCGGGAUAA